AUAGAGAACACUGCAGUGCCUUCAAAUCUACCCUUUCCUCCCACCCAUUUUGAGACAAGUUGAAGAAGAUCCCAUUUUGAAGGGGUUUUUUUUGUUCUGUUUGUUUGUUUGUUUGUUUUGUAGACCUAUACACCAAGAUUGAAUAAAGUGUGCCUGUCAGAUGUUGCUGGAUUUCAACUCCCAUCAGCCCUAUCCAUUUUUACUAACAGCGAAGGAUGAUGGGAGCUGCAGGCCACAUAUGUCUAGAAGGUCACAAAUUGUCCUCCCCUACUAUAAACACAUAUAACCUAGGAAUAUAUCACUAGGUCUUAGGCAUGUAUAGGAUUCUGUCAAUGUUACCAUAUGCAUUGAUGACUUUCAGGAUGUAGAUUUGCAAUUGUUCUCCAUUCUUAAGUAUGAGUAGUCUGAGUAGCCAUAACUAAUAUGCAUUCAUUCCUUGCUCUCUCUCUCUCUCUUUGACUUUUUUUUAAUUUGGAUACACUGCAGAGUGGAGUCUUUUCCUUGGUUUAGCAGGAAAUCCAUUUUAGAAAGCACAGAAGAUGGAGGAAUCCAGCUCGAAAGCACAAACAAAGAACAAGACACAGGAGCUCAUCAUAAUUUGGCUCGCACAGCCCCUGUCAGCCUUCAUCAUUUUGACCAAUGUUUUCAUCAUCCUUGGGAUCCUCUUCAACCGGAAGCUUCAUGGUGCCACCAACUGGUUCUUCGUGAGCCUACUCUUUGCUGAUCUUCUGGCUGGAGCAGCCCUUCCAUGUAUCCCUCAGAUGUCCUUUGAGAUGGAGUUGGAAUACCACAGUUGCUUUUUAAAAUAUGUGGUACCCAACUUCCUUUUCCUCUCUUUCUUAGCCAAUCUGCUGCUGGUACACUAUGUCAAGUAUGUGUGUAUCAUACACCCACUACACUAUCAAAGUUCCUGGGUGCAUCGCUGGGCUGCUCUUUACAUAGUCCUGGCCUGGGCUGCUCCCUUGAUCUUCGCUGCCCUACCACUGGCUUGGAACCAGUGGAAGCCCAAUGUAAACUGUUCUUUCGAUCUUGUCUUUCCCAUGACUUAUCUCUACUUAGAAACAUAUGGCUUCCUUAUUCCAGCCAUCCUUGCCAUGGCCUUUAUGUGUGUCCAGGUACUGUGUGUCGCCCAAAGACAUCUGAAGAACAUUACAAAACUCCUCCAUUCAGUGAAUCAAAGUCAGGCCCCUUCAGAACUGGAGCAGCAACUAGAACUGAGAAAUGCUAAGAGUAUCAUCAGUGCGUCUCUCAUUUUCCUGGUCUGCUGGGUACCCUACAUUGCUUGCUUGAACAUCUCAUUGUUAGCUUCAAAGCAUAAUAUCAGUCCACUGGUUCUCACUGUUGUUAGUUGCAUAGGCACUGGCAGUGCUGCUGCAGUACCCAUCAUCCUCAGUCUUGGCAACCACCAGUACACACAAUUUUGGAGGGACUUGGCCACCAAAGUCUGUGCAGACUGCUGCCAAGGACAGAGGUGCAAAGAAAAGCAAGGCAAGCCAAAAGUUAAGUUGGCACAUGGUAAUGUUUGCACCAUAGAGGCAGACUCAAAUGAUGCACAAGGCUGAUACCUCCUCCACACAGAGUCAUUAUGUUCUCCCCAGCAGCAAGCAAAACCAGGAGAGACCAAAAAAACUGGGUAUGUAAUGUUUACUGGGUAACCUGAUACUUUGCGGAGUGGACUCCUUACUGCACUGUGACCCUGUGGGGCUCCUUUGGUUAUUAUAAGAAGGUGUGUCUCUGUUGUGGUACCCCACCAUACAGAAUUAUUCUUGAUUAAGAUGACAUGGGCUCCCAGGGCAGAAUGUUUUUGCCAUCACCUAUUUAUGGCCUAAAUUCCCUAAAGGAACUAGAUCCCAUCUGAUCUUGAAAAUUAAAGCAUGGUCAGCCCUGGUUAGUACUUGGACGGGAGUCUGCCAACUAAUACCAGGUGCUGUAGGCUAUAUUUCAGAGGAAGCGCCUGGUAAAACUGUCUCUGAAGAUUCCUCCCUAAUAAAACCUUAUGAAACUCAUGGAGUGGACAUAAGUCAGCAAGUGACUUAGCCUGUGUGUGCAUGCACACACAUGUGCACUACCUAUAAGUUCUCCCAGGCCUGUUUAUUUUUCUGAUGGUUGACAAUGUGAGUUACCUUUGGUUUUUAAUAGAUAUUCUUGUUUCUAUCUAUUGGUCUUAUUGUAUCUGGUUUCAAUAUAAACUUUUUUUAAGUUUUUGUUUAAAUGAAGGAAUGUUUUUAAAGAGUACUUAGGUAAAUACAGUAAAGUAGACCUUUGAAAUUUGCUUUUUUCCUAUAUACCAAGUAGCCUAAAGAUAUAUUUUUACAUCUAAUUGGAAUCCCUAGUAUAUGAACUUCGCAGGAAUUAGCAUUCCUUUUGUCAUUAAUAUAAUUUAUUAGCUAUUAGUUAUUGUUUUUGUAUUAUUUAUGUUAUUUAUAUCCUGCCUUUAUCCUGACAUGAGACCAAAGGUAGCUUAUAAUAAGACUAAAACAAGAUAAAACUAAACAUUCUAAUAAUAAAAAAUUGAAAUGCAAUUAAAAAAUUAAACAUAUUAUUCACUAUUAAUUCUAAAAUGUAUAAAAUCAUUUUAAAACAUAACAAUAAAGGUAAAAAUAUAAGACACAUGCAUGCCCUUUAAAAACAUUCCCCAACCUAUGAAUCAUCAAAUGUUUGUUUAAAUAAAAAGAUCUUUACCUGCUGGAGAAAGGCAGACAGAAAGGGGGGCCAGCCAAGUCUCUUGUGGAAAGUAAUUCCACAUCCAAGGAACAACCACUAAGAAGUCCCUAUCAUGUGUCCUCACCAGGCCAGACUAUGAUGGGUGUAGGGCUAAGAGAAAACCAUCCACUGAGGACCUAAAAAUAUGGUAAGUCCAUAUAAAGAGAUGUAAUCCAGAUCGGUCUGGAUCCGAGCCAUAUAGAAGUUUAUAUGACAUAAUCAGCACCGUGAAUUGUGCCUGGAAAUGAAUGAGUAGCCAGGGGAGCUGUUUCAACAUGUUCCCUGUAACUGGCACCACACAGCCCGCUGGCCACAACAUUUUGGACUGAAUGAAGUUUCCAAACAGUUUUCCAGGGCAGCCCCACAUAGAGUGCAUUAUAGUAAUCCAAAUGGGAUGUAAUCAAGACAUGUGUUGCUCUUCCCAAAUCUGACAUCUCCAGAAAUGGAUGCAAAUGGCACAUUAGUCAUCAGUGUGCAAAUGUUCUCCCGGUCAGUGCUGAAACUUGGGCAUCCCUCAAUCCCAACAUUUUCAUUUGAUUUUCAUACACGUGUAUUUCUGCUUUUUUUUCUCUAUAUGCAUGCAUCUGCACUGUAGAAAUAAUACAGCUUGACACCAAUUUAACUGCC